AUGGAUCAUUCGGGGCGCGCGGCGCACAACGACCCCAUCGUGCGCCAAGUCGGAUUCUUCGCGCCCUCCGCCGCACCCCCCGUCGGCCAAUCUGCCGCGCCCUCCGCAACCCCCGCCGACGGAGACGGGCUGCCGCCGCUGCCAUUCCUCGCGUCCGCGUCGCCGUCGCCGCCUUUCGUGCCGUCAGUCCCUCCGAUUCCGUCGCUGCCGAUCAACGUGCCACUGCCGUCGUAUCAGCGCCCCUCGCCCAUCGCGGAGGGCAGCGAGUGCUCCGAAAGUCUCCCGCCCGACGAUUCCUACCUAUCGUCGUCCGCCACGUCAGCGGCCCCGUCCGGCGCGGUUUUCGGUUCCGUGUCUGACGUCAGCGGGCCAAUCCUCUCUGUUUCCGCCGCCACUGUCGCCCGCGCGGGUGCGGCGGCGGCGCAGCAGGAAGCGGCGGAUGGCGCAAAACCCAGCCGGGAAAAGCAGGCGGGCGCGCCAGGGCGGGGGGCGGCCGCCGCGGGGGGAGGGGCGGGCGGAUCAGUGGGGGCGGCGGGAGGGGCAGUGGCCGCGGGGAGGUCGCCGGCGGACAGCAGCAGCAGCGCGGGGGGGAGUCCGCGCAGCGCGGGGAGCCUUGGCGUGCGGGGCGCCGCCAAAGCCGCCUCCGCUGUGGUGCCCGCGUCCCUGCCCACGGUGAUGGACGGGAGGGCGGGCGGCAAGAAGGUGACGUCAAAGGCGGAGAGGCGCGCCCUGCAGGAGGCUCAGCGCGCUGCCAAGGCCGCCGCUGCUGGUGGUGCUGCUGGCGGUGGCGGUAAAGGUGGAAAGGGCGCAGGAGGGGCAGGCGGAGGAGGGGGCAAGGGUGGGAAGGGGAAGGAGGGCGGGCAGCAGGGCGGAGGGAGGAGGGCAAGCGGGGAAUCCGCUGCAGUGUCUGCUGCAGGGACGGGGGUAGGGGACGUGGAGGGGGGUGGGCGGAGCAGCAGUGGGAGCGUGGCUGGCGCACAGAAAGGGGGAGGGGCCGGGGGGAAGGGAGGGGGAGGGCGGGGAGGAGAGGACGGGCAGCACAAGUCCAGCUCACUCCGCGGGGGGUGGCAGCAGCUGAUGGCUGACGUGGCAGCGGUGGAUUCGUCGCUGCGAGUGGAUCUGUUCCGGCACCUGCCGCAGUUUGACCGGGCGGCGCAGAUUGCUCUGGUGGAGGCGCGGCUGCUGGACGAGGAGGACUCCCCCCUCUCCGUGCACCCCGCCGUCUAUGAGGUGCGCUCGAGGGGGUUGGAUGUGGCUGGGAAGGGGGAACGGUGGGUGGGGAUGCGGUUCCUACAGCAGGAGCAGCGCCUGCAGGGCGGCAACGAGCGCUGCCUGGCCAUGCUGCACGCGCUGCGCCGCCUCUUCCUCGACCACCGCGUGCCCGACAACCGGCCCCCCAUCCGCGACCUCACAGCGCGCCUCAACGCACACGUCGCCUUCCUCAUCGCGUGCCGCCCUCUCUCAGUGGGCAUGGGCAACGCAGUGCGCGCGCUGAAGCAGUGCCUCACGCGCAUGGGCGCGGAUCCAGGCGUGCAGGAGGGCGCGGCGCGGGCGGCGGUGGUGGCGGAGAUUGAUCGGUUUGUGGCGGAGAAGCUGGUGUUCGCCGGGCAGGAGGUGGUGCGGCACGCUGCUGGGAAGAUCCGCAAGGAGGGUGAUGUCAUUCUCACCUUUGGGUGGUCCGAACUCGUGCUGGAGGUGCUGCUGUCGGCAGCGCGAGCGGGGCACAGGUUCAGAGCGAUCGUGGUGGACUCACGGCCGCACCUGGAGGGCAAGGAGAUGGUGCGCCGCCUGCUCGCAGGCGGCAUCUCUUGUCUCUAUCUAAGGCUCAACGCCGCAUCGUACAUCAUGAAGGACGUGACACGUGUGUUCCUGGGGGCGGCAGCAGUACUGGCGAACGGAGCAGCGUAUGCGAGGGUGGGGACGGCAGCGGUGGCGAUGAUGGCGCAUGCACAGCGCGUGCCGGUGCUGGUGUGCUGCGAGUCAAGCAAGUUCCACGAGCGCGUGCAGCUCGACUCCAUCACCCACAACGAGAUCGGCGAUCCACAAGUACUCAUCAGCACGGGCGUGUCACCGCUCUCACCAGUCUCACCGCUGCCAUCGGACGCACCAGAAGCAUCGGAAGCAGCGGAGGCGGCACCGCUGCAGCACUGGCAGAGCACGGCCAACCUGCGCCCUCUCAAUAUCCAGUUUGACCUCACACCAGCGGACUACAUCACGGGCAUUGUCACCGAGAUUGGCGUGGUGCCCACAUCCAGCGUGCCUGUCAUCCUGAGAGAGUGUCGCAACCAGCCCUUCUAG